CACUUCCGAGGUGAAGUGAAGUGAAGAGGAGGAGGCGACGCUGAGAUUAGGUGGUGGGGUGAAGACAAAACCUUUAGUCGGACAGGUUAAUGGUGAGACAUCACACCUGGACUCGGGAAUGUUUACACACUCGGAAUCAAAACGGUUUUUGUUCCUCCAAAACCUCUGCUGGACGUCUCCGACUGCACCGCGGGAAGAAGCAGCCUAAAUUAGCUAGCUCCGAAAAACAGCUAACAUUUUAAAACAAAGACAGCUGCUGCAAAAAGGACUACUACUGUAAAACAGGAAUGGUUUAUCCUCCCGAAGGUUUAUUCUACAUCGAAAUGGACCAAGCACCUCCAGCUCUCCCUCCCAGGUCAGAAAAGCCAGCCGUGGCCGUCAUGAGCAACAACGGCCUUUCUCUGCCUGCGUGUUCGCUACAGGACGCCGAAUGGUACUGGGGCGACAUAACAAGGGACGAGGUGAACGAGAAGCUUCGAGACACUCCUGACGGCUCAUUUCUGGUGCGUGACGCUUCCACAAAGCUGCAGGGAGACUUCACGCUGACCUUAAGGAAAGACGGACACAACAAACUAAUCAAGAUUUACCACUGCGAUGGGAAGUAUGGCUUUUCAGACCCCCUGACCUUCACCUCAGUGGUGGAGCUCAUCUGGUACUAUCAGCGACAUUCGCUUGUGGAGUAUAACGCCAUGCUGGAUGUGAUGCUCACACACCCCGUGUCCCGCUUCCAGCAGGUGAAGAUGGACAGCGUUGACGUCACUGGAAGAAAGCUGAAGGAGGUCCACGCUCAGUACCAGGAGAAAACCAAGGAGUUUGACCGUCUUUACGAAACCUUCACAAAGACCUCACAGGAGAUCCAGAUGAAGCGCACGGCGAUCGAAGCUUUUAAUGAGACCAUGCUGAUCUUUGAGGAGCAGUGUCGUGAGCAGGAGCGCUAUGGAGAGGAGUUUGAGAGGAACGGCCUUUCAGAGGAGGCUGACAGUGAUCUGGAGAGCUUUUUGAUAAAUUACGAGAAGCUGAAGUGCCGUCUUGGGGAGAUCUAUGACAGUAAAAUCCACCUGGAAGAUGACUUGAGGACACAAGUGGAGGACUACAGGGAGACCGACAGGAGGAUGAACAGCCUGCGGCCAGACCUCAUCCAGCUACGAAACAUUAGAGACCAGUACCUCAACUGGCUGAAUCGCAAAGGCGUACGGCAGAAACGCAUCAACGACUGGCUCGGGGUUCAGAGCGACAGUCUGGACGACACGUACGUGUUGAAGGGAGAUGAGAAGAAUCUGCCACACCAGGAUGAGACCAGCUGGUUUGUCGGGGAGCUGAGUCGGACGCAGGCCGAGGAGACGCUCCAGGGUAAAGCUCCCGGAACGUUCCUGAUCCGCGAGAGCAGCAAGCAGGGGUGCUACGCCUGCUCCGUCGUCGUGAACGAGGAGGUGAAGCACUGCAUGAUCUACAGCACGCCACAUGGAUACGGUUUCGCCGAGCCCUACGACGCUCAUUGCUCGCUGAAAGACCUCGUCCUGCACUAUCGCCUGCACUCUUUAGCUCAACACAACGACGCCCUUGAUGUUCGGCUGUCGCAGCCCGUCCACGCCAAAGCCACGGCCGCUUCCCCUCAACAGGCCGAAGAACACAAACUGUUACAGACUCCCAAACACACGCCGGGUCUCCCACCCGCCGCUCCGGAGAUGUGAGACUGUUUCCUGAGGGGAGAGCUGCGUUAAAGGUGCAUGGUGUAAAGAUUUGCACUACAGUGAUUCCAUCGGAUUUGGGGAAUGGGAUCUCGCCCGUUGAAGUGGGACCGGAACUUGAAUGUCAGCCUGACUGCUUCAGACUUUUUUUUUUUACUCUGCGUUUGUUGCUGUUUGUUCAACGGAGUUUUUCUCCGGUAGACCUGAGUUUUGUUCUCUGGCAUCAGGUGCUGCACCUUCCUGGAGUUAUCCAUUUACUCGAGUGAAAAGUGAUUCAGUUUUCCAACUUGACUGAUGUGCUCUCUAUAUUGGAACGCUACUACAAAGUGCAUUUGCGAGGGGAGGACAGCCCGCGGUGCUUUUGCCGGGUUCGUGUGCGGUUGGUGGGUCGAAACAUUUUGGGGCGCGGCGCCACGUGUGAAUAUGUUGACGUUGUGGUGCUUCUCAGCCGUUUGCCCCUCUAUAAGAGACGUUCAUACACAGUGGAUAAUUAUGUAGCAUCGACAUACUGUAGAAAACCAUAGUGGACGCAUACUCAAUGUUAUACCCGUUGACCAAAGCACUUGAUAGUGAGCAAAACGACGUCCCUGUUUAGUGUGGUAACUGCAUUUUGGCAAGGGUAGGGUGAUUCGUGUACACCUGCUGAUGUGCUGAUCAAAACAUAAUCUGAAGUACUGUAUGUUAUAUUCUGUUACUCAAAGAAGUAUAAGCUUUUUGUAUUCUAUAUAUAUAUUUUCUAUGAUCAUGUCACAAGAUGAAAGCUUGAAGAAAGUGCAAUCCAACAGUAUUUCUAUUGUUGCAAUGAUGAUGGUGGUGGAGGUGAUGCUGUUAAUGAGAGGUUGACGUUUGCCACAAAAAUGCACUCUCCCUGGUGAUUGUCGGGAUGAGGUGGCCUCCGGUGUUUGUGCGAGCGACCGGAGGUCCGGAAGUAUCCUGCCUUCAUUACUUGAACUGUGGCAUUGCUCUAGCUAUGAAUGUUUUCUCAUGACACGCAGCCUACAUAGCUUAAGGGGGAAGGAAUCCACGUUGAACUUGGCACAUUUUUCAAGUUAAAGGACAAUAGACACUUAGUAUAGAAAUACCACGAAAUGUAUUUCUAGCGUCGGUUCGUGGAAUGAGGUCUAUGAAUCCUCUUGGGAAAUAUGACUCCGCCGGAGGACUGGUGAAGCUCCUGGGAUGAAGCUAAGCAAUGUGAGAUCCUGCCCUUUAUCUUGCUGAAAGACAAUAAACUGAAAAGAGUUUUGUCAACUAA